CCCGCCGCGGAUCCCACGGAGACCACCGGCCUUCAGCGGAGGGAGCAGCGCCAGGACGCACGCUGGCACCAUGACCCAGACGCCCGCCUUCGACAAGCCCAAAAUGAGGAAACUGAGGCCUGGAGAGGUGAAGUGACUUGCUCAAGGCUACUCAAAAUCAGCCUCCAGGCUGUAGACUGGCGACUGAGCUGGCCCAGGUAGAAUUACACGUUCACUUAGAUGGAGCCAUCAAGCCUGAAACCAUCUUAUAUUACGGCAGGAAGAGGGGCAUCGCCCUCCCUGCCAGCACAGCUAAGGAGCUGCAGGACUUCAUCGGCAUGGACAAGCCGCUCAGCCUCCCCGGCUUCCUGGCCAAGUUCGACUACUACAUGCCUGCCAUUGCUAAUUGUUCCGGUUUCACUCUUCGUGGCAGAAACUUGCAGCCAAGGCUCAGUCCACUGUCCUUUGAUCAACACUCACAGUAGCCCUUGCAGGGGCUGCCGGGAGGCCAUCAAAAGGAUUGCUUAUGAGUUCGUUGAGAUGAAGGCCAACGAGGGCGUGGUGUACGUGGAGGUGCGUUACAGCCCACACCUGCUGGCUAACUCUAAAGUGGAGCCCAUCUCCUGGCACCAGGCUGAAGGGGACCUCACCCCUGACGAGGUGGUGGCCCUCGUGUGCCAGGGCCUGCAGGAGGGAGAGCGAGACUUUGGGGUGAAGGCGCGCUCCAUCCUGUGCUGCAUGCGCCACCAGCCCAACUGGUCCCUCGAGGUGGUAGAGCUGUGUAAGAAGUACCAGCAACAGACUGUGGUGGCCAUCGACCUGGCUGGAGAUGAGACCCUUGAAGGAAGCAGCCUCUUCCCUGGACACGUGAAGGCCUUCGAGGAGGCGGUGAGGAGCAACAUUCACCGCACAGUCCACGCAGGGGAGGUCGGCUCUGCAGAGGUGGUGAGAGCGGCUGUGGACACGCUCAAGGCACAGAGGCUGGGACACGGCUACCAUACCGUGGAGGAUGAGGCCCUCUACAAGAGGCUGCGACAGGAGAACAUGCACUUCGAGGUCUGCCCCUGGUCCAGCUACCUCACGGGCGCCUGGAAGCCAGACACACAGCACGCAGUCGUUCGGUUCAAAAAUGACCAGGCUAACUAUUCACUCAACACAGAUGACCCGCUCAUCUUCAAGUCCACCCUGGACACUGAUUACCAGAUGACCAAGCGGGACAUGGGCUUUACUGAAGAGGAGUUUAAGAGACUGAACAUCAACGCGGCGAAGUCCAGUUUCCUCCCCGAGGGCGAGAAGAGGGAGCUCCUGGACCUGCUCUAUCACGCCUACGGGAUGCCGCCUUCGGCCUCUGCAGCAGGGCAGCAUCGAUGAUGAUGUCAUAGCCGCCUCUCGGAGCCUUUGCCCUGUGGAUGGAGUCUUCACAACUCUGGGGGUUGAACGACACUCCUACCUUACUCCCUCCAGGAAGACUGUGAUUCCAUAGUGAGCUACUGAUGCUCUUGAAGCCCGUGUGUCCAUGUCUACACACACACACAUACCUCGGCAUGGCCAUGUCUCUCCACUGAUUAUGUGCCCGGGCCUGGCUGACUCUGAAACCCACCUCCGAUGGUGACUUGUGCCGAAACCCUGGUGCUCAAUAAAAAGCAACAGCUGGUGUCGUGCAGCACGUGGUAUGUGUGCUGUGGUCUCGGGUGGGAACAGAAGGAGCCUCUGGGACUCGGCCCGAGAACCUGGCCGGCACUGAAACUGGGGAGCCGGAGCUUCCGAGGCUGGGGGUGAAGAGGGGCCCACAGCCUGCCCGCCCUCCAGAAACGAGGCUUCCCUUGAAAUCUGUCCGCUCAUAAGCUCCCUGAACUCUUAGCCCCUCCCACUCUAGGUUUUAAGGGGAAAACCUUCCUUCUGGGUUUGAGAAGCUGGCGACUGUGCUGAGAGGAGGUAAGACGGAAGACUGACGGCUCAGACACCAGGCCGAGGCGCGGUGCCGGCCUCUGCGGAACGGCCGGUCUGCUCAGGUAUUCUUCCCAUGAAAGCCUGGGAUAGCGAUGGAUCCCAGCUAACUGUCGACUGGAACUACGAGGCCCAGCCCUGCUUUUGCUGUUUGAAAGAGAAAUAAUCUUAAACCAGCCACACAAAUCAGCAUUUAUUUCCUGGGUCCCAGGUGUUACUUAUCUUGGUAGAAAGAAAGGGCAAAGAGUUGAUCCACGUAGUUUUGAGCACAAAAAUCUCUUCUCUAAAAAUGUAUCUAUCUGUGAAGCUCCGUGAGGGAACCUCAGAGCUGCAUAGAUGGGCAAAGAGUUUAGCUUACAAUGGCUCCCCCCGAAAAAGGUGAAUUGUCAGCUCCUUCCCUCUCUGCUGAAAAAUGUUUAAAAGUUUUUAAAAGUUUAAAAGUGUUUUUUUUUUU